UUCCCAGAUCUUGCCGACACAUUUGUCCCCCUUGGUGAUGAACCAGCGACAGCGGUGCAUAAAGUCUUCAAACGGUCCCCUAUUGUGGAGGAAAUCAUGGGGCCCUUGAGCCGUAACGUGAGAGCCGUGGAUGAGACGGUCAGGAGCCAGCAGGUGUACCUCCGCAUGAGAAUCCUCCUCUCAAUCCUCCGGAUGCACCUCGGCUCAUCGCCCAAGGUUGAGAUCUAUCAGUUCCACAACUGGGACAACACCAUCAACAUAGAUCAGUUGUUCUACGUCAAGCCCUAAGACUAUAUGGGAGGUUCGUCGGGUCAUCUUCGCGGCACGAGCGCUGGGAUGCGGGUCCGCGCCACGGGGGCCGGGCACAGCCGCUCCCCCCUGUACGUGGACGAGGGCAACAUCAUGAUGGACGUCAGGGACCUGAGGAGCCACGAGGGCGUCUGGAUGAGGAUCAACCCAGAGACUGCUGAGCGGAAGUUCAAGACCUUGACCGCCAUGACGGGUGUGUACGAGGUGGAGAUGAACGAGUUCAUGAUCAAGAACAACGUGACCGUGCUAGCCCAGCCCCUCAACGAUCAGGAGACGCUGGGUGGCAUGGUGGCUGCCAGCACUCACGGCUCCACCUAUGACGAACCCACCUACAGCAGCUUUGUGGUUGAGAUGCGACUGAUCGACUCCCAGGGGCGUCUCCGCAGAUUCACGAUAGAGAAGCACCCUCAGAUCAUGAAGGCGGCCAUUUGCAAUUUGGGCAUGUUCGGAAUCAUGUACGAUAUAACAAUUAAAGUACACCCAGCAAGGAUUGUCAAAGUGGUCAACACGUUCGUGCCACUGAAAGAUCUCUUCUACAACCAAACCGCGCUGAAAGAACAGAUCAGUGGCAACUUCAUGAACGAGAUCUCCUGGUUCCCGUUCAACAAUUUAUCUCCGGAGGAAGAAGAGUACUACAUCAAGAACAACAAGGCGCCGGAAACAUGGAAUGCUGGGAAAGAUAUCCUGUGGGUCAGAACCAUCAAUCCGGUGAGUGAAGCUGAACUGGCUGGCAAGAAUCUGACAGGCUCCAUCUACCUGCCCAGUAACGGAUCUCUGGCAGGCGGCAGUGCACCUGGGCUGUUGAAAGCUAAGGGGUCAGUAGAGCUGGCCAGGAAAGUACCAGCCGUCCUCUACCAGUACCUGGUCCACGCCUUCCCCAUCAUCCUCCCCCCUCUGACAGGGGUAGAGACCAGCGCUGCCUUCAUGCUCAACAUUGACUCUCAGUUUGACAGGCCGUUCAGGGCCAUCAAUUUCAUGGUGAACACAACAGAAAAACAAAUCAAGCAGAACGCCUCCACGCCCAUGAACGCCUUACUCCCAAGAUGGUUCAAGAACCAUAACUGCUAUCUUUGCCCGGGCAAUGAUGAGAUAACCAUGGCCGACGACUCUGGGAAAACUUUGGUGAUAGAUUUCCUUGCUCCACCAGCCCAGUAUGGCUUCUAUCCAGCUGCUGAAGCUUUUGUUGAAAAGUUCAAGGACGAGAAACUCCGACCCCACUGGGCUAAGAGACACGACAACAUUCCAGGGAUUAUUAACGUCAUCAAGAAUGUUUACGGUCCCCUGCUCCCAGGUUUUCAAGAUCAAAAAAGAUUGGCCGAUGUUGACCCCUGUGAUAUGUUCAUGAAUUCAUACCUCCUGUCUGUUUUUGGACGUAGCAAGAACUGUUACUACUAUUAAUGAUCUGAUUUUUAUACUUAAAAAAUAUUUCAUCAAGGGACAUAAGCUGAGUGUUUUAAUUAGGUUAGAUGGAUUAGUCAAUAUUAGAGUAGCGUCCCUUUUUGUGAUUGUUUAGUUUUGUACACAGAAAUGCCAGAUAGUAAAAAGUGGGAAGGAAGUGACAUGUAUUAAAGGUAGGAGUUACAGAUAAUGGGAUAUAUAAAGAUAGGGGAAUGUUAGGGGACAUCUGUACUAACUUUAUGGUGGAGGCCCUAUGUUCCACACGGAGCAAAGAGUACUAAGUCAAAUAAGUCAAUACUAUACUGGGUGAAAAGUUUAAGUAUUUUUAAUGUAUGAUUUUGUGUGUGCUGUGUGUUUGCUUGAUCAUUUGAAAUCUUGAAUAACAUACUGAAUACUUUAUUUGCUAAUAUAUUUAAUGUCCAUUUUUUUAAAACGAAAAUUGUAUGUAUUUUUAAAAUCAAAUACUUAUGAAGUGUUGCCAUGUUAAUAAAAUCUGAAACAAU